AUGUGGCCCAUCCUGGGACCUAUCGAGAUGGAUCGAUCGACAAAUUUUCAUACUUUUCAACAUUCACUUUUCGAUGAUAAAUCUCGACAAAAUUCAAAAAAUAAUUCAUCAACACCAACAAUAAUUAUUUCGAAUAUUCGAUAUACUGACCCAAUUUCAUCACCAUGUCUUAUAUUAUAUAGUCUAGUUCUACUUUUACUUUGUGCUUUACCAAUUCUAGCACUUAAUAUUUAUAUACGACAAGCUCUUUCUACGUUUCAACAAGCUAAUUAA